GGCAUACCUACGAUUUAAAGUAUGUAUUUAAAGUAUGUGAUAAGCCAGCCUUCCCAAGGCCCAUGGCCUAUUCGGCCAUGUCGCCAAGGCCCAUGGCCUAUUCGGCUCGAGAGAGCAUCAAUUACAGAGCGCAACCUUGGUUGACAAUCCAGGCGUGCGAUAGUAGGAGGGCGGUUGUUGUGCAUAGCCGGCAGCGUGGUUUUGGCUCUGAAUCGCUGGAGCACGCAAUUCAGAUAAUUAACAAGUUGAUUUUUGAACAUGAGCAACGACGCCAGCGGCAACGUGCAAGGCGAGCAGACGCUAAGGGUGGGAUGGAAGUUGAUGUCCAGCCUGUCGGCAAACCCAUUACGUUUAAGGCGUCUGCAAGCACUGAAAAGCUCGUGAAGGAACCCCGGGGCCCCAGUUUCCCCCCUCGCAGCCUCUCCGCCUACCUGGCGCUGCCCCUGGACCAGUAUUCCCUUCUGGAUCCAGGUUGGAUCUCCCGUUCCCCCUCCGCCCCGGACGUGUUCGUGCUGCGUGUUCCCCUGUUCGACCUGGUGGGACUGGAGCUGCAGCCGCAAAUCACCGUGAGGGUGUCCCUAGACACCCGGAGCAACCAGGUGCACUUCUACGCGGACCAGUUCAAGGUGGGCGACCCACGGUUCGAUGCGGACUUCAAACUCGCCAUGAAGGCCACCUUGCGCAACAAGCCCGUGCCCACUUUGCGACCCCUCAGGUCGAUAAAGCGUAUGUGGGCCAGGGCGGGGGGUCGCGGUGGGGGCGGUGGCGGCGGCGGCGGCAAGGCAGCCGCUGACCUGGGCGCCGUUGGGGGCGGCGGCAGCGCUGAUGCGUCGCCAGUCGGGCAGCGGGCAGCUUCUGCCGCGACGGGGUCGUACGGCAAUGGUGGCGACGCAGGAAGCCCGGCCAGGUCUGACGCCGAUGAGGACGACAUUGUCAUAACAGUCAUAGAUGUGGACGGCGUUGACGACGGCUCGGGGCGGCCGAGCGGAUCGAGCUCCGGCGGCGGAGCCGGAGAGGAAAAAAGCAGGUACGGCAGCUUUGUCGACGGUGGACACCGGCACCGGGCUGCGCACGGUGCAUACGGCUCGUACGAGGCGGCGGAAGUGGUGGAUGUCGAAAUGGCGGCCGGCAGUUUCCCGCCGGGAUCCCGCGCCGUUCCUAAUGUAUCACAGCUUGAGAUUGUCGUACACGACCAGGAGGCUUCACCCGCCGCCGUGACCAUCGCGGAAGCCGGUCGAGGACCUGCUGACGCCACCUCGCAAUCCACUGCCGCGAUGGGGCCGGCACCAGCAACAGGCCCCGUGACCGCAUCGCAAGCUUCGGCAGCAGCAGCAAGACCAUUGCCAGUUGCGGCAGGGCCACCUAAUGUACGGCAUCCGGCGGUGGCGGUUGCGACUACCGCGGCUCCUGCUGGCUCGCCGCGGGAGCUGCCGAGUGUGGCCCCUUUCGUUGAAGAUGCCGUACUGUACGUACCGGCGAACCAGUGGGGCAGAGCAGUAGUCAGCGGCCAGUCGGGCUCCGGAACCAGUCGUACGGCAGCCUCCGCACCCACGGGGGCGGCGACGGUGACGGCAAGAGCGGUUGCAGCGGUAGUGCCAGUGGCGACGACGUCGUCAGCCAAAGCCGACGCGGACGCACGUCCUGCAGGCGCAGACGCCCUCGACAGCGAUGUCACGCUUGCUGGACCUGGGAGCACGUCCUGGUCGGCCUUGGGCAGUGCUGACGUCCGAUCACGGGACGGGUUGAAGGAGGCUGGGGCGCGCAGUAGCAGGAGUUCAGCCGCCGUGGGAGUGCAAAGUACGAUGGCGGCGUAUCGGGCUACUGGAUUGGCCGGAGCUGCGACGGGAGCGACCCAGGACCAGGAAGGCGGUAGCGGUGGCGGGCGAGGAAGCAGUACACGCACCGUCGGCAGUAGCACGGAGGGGGCCAUCAUGCCAUCGACGGAGCCGACGGCAGCGGCAGAGACGACGACGGCGGUAGAGACGGCAGCAGCAGCAGUGGCGCCGUCUACGAAUGGCGCCGCGGCAGUGCACGGCAGUCCGGCGGUCAACAGCUCCGCUACUGCUGCCGCUACCUCUAUGCCGCCGGGGGCUGCUACAGCGGCACACAGUCUGAGCGGCGCCGCCUCCGAACAACAUGUGGCGGAGAGCACUGCCAGCAGUAGCAGCAUAAGCACUGCUACCACCACCACCAAUAACACCAAUAGCAACAGCAACAACAGCACUAGCGGCAGCGGCGCCCAGGGUGACCUGCCAUCGACAGCGAGCCCGCCGUCGGCGGCGGAGUCUUCAGCCCAACUCAGCGGCGAACCCGCCGCCGCAAAUCCUUUUGUAGCUGCCGGUGGCGGCGGCGCCGCCGCCGCGGAGGAGGACGCCACUGCGCUACUAGUGGGCAGUGUGGACGUUGCCAUGACUGUGAUGUUGCCGCCAGCGCUUGCGACGGUGCCUCGGCCGCUGCUGCGUAUGGCGGGCAACCUCAUUGCGCGAUACGCCAUCGCUUCACUGCUGCCGUCCUUCCUUGAUUUGCUUGUGGCUGACUAUGGCAGGUGGUCAUCCGGCCAAACGGUGGCGGCGCGUGCGGCUCCUGUGGGGAGUCUGGCGGCGGUUGCGGCGGCCAAUGCGAGCCCCAUGCGGGCGGCUGCGCCCGGGGCACGAACACCUCAACAAGGCGGGCAGGUGCAGCAGAAGAAGCCGGAGCAGGAGUAGCAACUUGGAGUGUAGCUGGCGUGUGGGCGGGAUCCACAUCAUGAGAUUGGGUUAUAGCUUGUAGGACUUGAGGACUUGGUGGCUUCGGGUGUUGCUGGUACCAGGAGUGUCUCCUUUUUUAUGUUGCCUCCAACACAGAGGAUCUGUAAGGAUGAGCUUUUUGUCGUUGCAGUGUUGCUGUUUGCAUGUUAACGACGAUAUGGGAUUAAGCUAUUGCUACGAAUACAGUAACGCUCGUUGAAACGUGAGGACACGUGCAUUGACCCUGUAUGUCGACAAGGGCCGUCGACAUGUGCUCUGGGCUCACUCUAUCCCGAGUAACAAAACGAAAAUCGCAAGGGGGGACGUUGUGCGGUAAAUCGAUGAAAAUUAAUAGCAAG